AUGUUCAGUAACACUAAGCGCGUUAUAACUGAUGUUCGUUUAGGGCGGGCGGACGUGCGAACGGCACGAGAUGCUGCCGUGAAAAGCUACGCAGAGCACGACAGACGAUGCGACGCUCGCCUCACUCAGUGCGAACUAAGCGGUAACUGUCGAGUGGGAAAGGCCGUAGCCUCAUUGGCGGAGCUGAGUCGCCCAAAGCCAAUGACGGCGAAAGGAGGAGUCGCUAUGCAUUGCUACAAAUUUUGGCGAGACGAAUCGCUUCUUUUAUUGUAA